ACGAUAUCGCAAUCUACAGAUAUGGCACCCAAGAUGGAGUAUGUUCGUCUCGGGAACUCGGGCUUGAAAGUGUCGAAGAUCAUCUUGGGCUGCAUGUCGUAUGGCGACCCCGGUUGGCAGGACUGGCUUUUGGGCGAGGAGGAGGGCAUCAAGCACAUCAAGUUUGCAUACGAGCAUGGUAUUACUACGUUCGAUACAGCAAACGUGUACUCGAAUGGUCUCUCGGAGGUCAUCCUCGGAAAUGCGAUCAAGAAGCUCAACCUCCCCCGCGAGGAGCUCGUUAUCCUGACCAAGGUCUACUUCCCGGUAGGGCCUGAAUAUGGCGUCAACACGGUCUUCAGCCCUGGGGCGUCAGACAGCAUCAUCAACCAGAAGGGGCUGAACCGCAAGCACAUCUUCGACUCUGUGAAAGCGAGCUUGAAGCGCUUGCAGCUCGAGUACAUCGAUGUCCUCCAGUGCCAUCGCUUCGACUACACUACGCCGAUUGAGGAGACGAUGCAAGCUCUGCACGAUGUCGUGAAGGCGGGAUACGUUCGCUACAUCGGCAUGAGCUCCUGCUAUGCCUAUCAAUUCAUCCAGAUGCAGAACUACGCGAUCACGCACAACCUGACGCCCUUCAUCUCGAUGCAGAACCACUACUCGCUCUUGUACCGCGAGGAGGAGCGCGAGAUGUUCCCGACGCUCAAGAUGUUCGGCGUCGGCUCGAUCCCGUGGUCGCCCCUUGCGCGCGGCCUCCUCUGCCGGCCGAACGCCGCCUCGUCCAAGCGGGGCGACACCGAUCAGGGCAUGGCCAGAUACAAGACUGAGGGCAACCUGCAGGUCGUCGACCGCGUGGAAGAGCUCGCGAAGAAGAAGGGCGUGAAGAUGGCGCAGGUCGCGCUCGCGUGGAUGUUCGCGAAGCCCGGUGUGUCCGCGCCCAUCAUCGGCACGACAAGCACCUCCAACCUUGAGGAGCUCAUCGGCGCCUUGGAUGUCAAGCUGUCUGAGGAAGAGGUCAAGUAUCUGGAGGAGCCGUACAAGCCGAUGGUCGUCAUUGGGGCUUUUUGAAUGUGUGUGAUAGCGCAGGAACACUUUCAUGCGAGACACUUCGUAAAACUGUGUGCUGUGUUGUAUCUCUGAAUACCCUGUAUUGUACAGUAGAAUUGGAAAAGCCCUUACAGGAAGCGAGGACGAUCUGGGAAGUG